AUGAAAGACUGGGAGCAGGCCAGAGACCUGGUCCUGAACUGGGAUGUGCUGAAGCCGUCGUCACGUCUGUGUCUCAACUCCCUGGACUUCAGUGAUCUGUGGGAGGAAGAGGAUCAAGACGCUGAGGAAGACCACAGACGAGGAUGCGACUCUUUCAGUAAUAUACCUGGGCUUCCCGCUCCCCCACCGCCUCCCCCACUGCCUCCUCUGCCGCCUCCCCCCUCUGCCCCCUCGGCACGGUCCUCCCUGAAGUCCCACACACUGCGGUUACACUGGAGGGAGCUGCUCAGUCUGCCCGCCCUGCCCAGAGCCACUCGCUUUGGGACCCGCAGCAUCUGGGCCGAGCUGGAGCCGGUGCAGGUGGAUCCCGACAGACUGCAGCAGCUGUUCGAGAGGGGGGGUGUUGGUAUGGUGUUGUAUGGUGGUUGUGUGGGGGGUUGGGGGGGGGGGUUGGUGUUUUUUUGGGGUAAUGGAUUGGGGGGGAUAGAGGAUAGAUGGUGGGGGGGGGGGGGGGUUUAA